AUGAAACAAACAGUGAAGCGUGAGGAGGUAGUCCAAUGGUUGGAAACAAAAGGUGUAUGGAAAAAACGCAGCGGUGGAGACGAAGGUGGAAGGGGAGACGAAGAUACCUUUGGGGUGACGUGUCGAUCGACUGAACAACUGAACGGGCUGGGACAAAAGGGGCAACGGAAAGGGAUCUCAGAUUAUCAAUCAGCGAAGGGUGGGACGGAUGUGGAAAGCAUACAAAAGAAGUUGGGACAGGGGGAGAUAUCUGGCACACGGAAAAGAGACGUUCGAAUCACAAAUAGUUUGCCAUGCGAGAUCCAACUGAGAUUGCCCGAAACGGAAAGACCAACAAGCGACUAG